AUGUUCAAUGCACUUCUGUCCGGUACUACUACCCCAACCUCCGGUCGUGCAUCUCCUCCCACCAGCGAAAUGCCCAUCGAUAAUGAUCACGUGGCCGUUGCCCGUCCAGCGCCCCGUCGCCGCCGCAUUGUAGUGGCCAUGACGGGUGCUACUGGAGCCAUGCUCGGCAUCAAAGUCCUAAUUGCCCUGCGCCGUCUCAACGUGGAGACGCAUCUGGUGAUGAGCAAGUGGGCGGAGGCUACGAUCAAAUACGAGACCGACUACCAUCCCUCAAACGUGAAAGCGCUGGCCGACUACGUACACAACAUCAAUGACAUGGCUGCCCCAGUGUCCAGCGGCUCAUUCCGCGCAGACGGAAUGAUUGUGGUACCGUGCAGCAUGAAAACAUUGGCUGCUAUCCACUCGGGCUUUUGCGACGAUCUCAUCUCAAGGACAGCAGAUGUGAUGCUCAAGGAGCGCAGGCGAUUGGUGCUAGUAGCGCGGGAGACGCCAUUAAGCGAGAUCCAUCUGCGAAACAUGUUGGAGGUUACACGAGCUGGGGCAGUCAUCUUCCCCCCCGUGCCUGCAUUCUACAUCAAGGCCGCAAGUAUCGAGGACCUCAUUGACCAGAGUGUUGGACGAAUGUUGGAUUUAUUUGACCUCGACACGGGGGAUUUUGAGCGUUGGAAUGGAUGGGAGAAAUAA